GAUUGUUGAUCUCAAGGCACACAUAGUUAAUUUUCUUUUAUCUUAUUGUAUUGAUUCUUUCGGGUUUGUUUGCACUUUACUUUGCAUUACUAGGCAAGGUCCUAAACACCACACAUAUUUGAGUUUGAGUUCAAUGCAAGCAAGAAAAUAGUAGUUUUUAGAGAGAGAAGCAGCGAAAACCAAUGAUGCAAAUCCGAGAAGAAAGUUUUGGAAAUUGAGGCAAAUGUCAAUGCCCAGCUCGAGGCAAAUCCUCCUCUUCUCUUCCCUUCUUCCUUCUUCUUCUUCUUCUUCUUCUUCCUUGUCAUUUUUUAUCCUUGCUCUUCUGUCAACUUCAUUGGCUGCUCCAAACCAUGAAGUCUCUAUUCUUUUUUCUUGGCUACAUUCCUCUCUUUCACCACCUUCCUCCUUCUCUAACUGGAACAAUCUUGAUUCUACCCCAUGCAACUGGACCUCCAUAACAUGUUCUCCUCAAGGUUUUGUCACCGAAAUAAACAUCCAGUCAGUUCCUCUUCAGCUUCCUUUGCUAUUCAAUUUAUCUUCAUUUCGCUUUCUUAGUAAACUUGUCAUUUCUGAUGCCAAUAUUACUGGCACCAUCCCACUUGAUAUUGGUGAUUGUGUUUCACUCACGUCCAUUGACCUCAGCUCUAAUAGUCUUGUUGGCAUCAUUCCAGGGAGCAUUGGCCGCCUCGUAAAACUUGAGCACUUGAUUUUGAACUCUAAUCAGCUGACAGGGAAAAUCCCAGUUGAACUAAGCAACUGCAGUAGACUCAAGGAUCUGCUUCUUUUUGAUAAUCUCUUAGGUGGUUAUAUCCCAGCUGAGUUGGGCAAGUUAUCCAGUCUUGAAGUCCUUAGAGCCGGAGGGAAUAAAGACAUUAUUGGCAAAGUUCCUGAUGAGCUUGGAGAUUGCAGCAACUUGACAGUUUUGGGGCUUGCUGAUACGAGAAUUUCAGGUUCGUUGCCUGUUUCAUUGGGUAAGCUAAGCAAACUGCAAACUUUGUCCAUUUAUACAACAAUGCUCUCUGGUGAGAUUCCUCCUGAUAUAGGUAACUGCUCUGAGCUUGUAAACUUGUUUCUUUAUGAAAAUAGUCUCUCUGGAUCAAUUCCGCCGGAGAUUGGCAAGCUGAAAAAGCUUGAACAAUUGUUGUUAUGGCAAAAUAGUCUCAUAGGACUUAUCCCAGAAGAAAUUGGCAAUUGCACUAGCCUGAAAAUGAUUGAUAUUUCUUUGAAUUCUCUGUCUGGGACCAUACCUUCUUCUGUAGGAGGUCUUUUGGCGCUUGAAGAGUUUAUGAUUAGUGAUAAUAAUGUCUCUGGUUCAAUACCAUCCAAUUUUUCCAAUGCAUCGAAUCUUUUGCAAUUGCAACUUGACACAAACCAGAUCUUUGGUUUAAUUCCACCUGAGCUUGGGAAGUUGUCAAAGCUCACCGUGUUCUUUGCCUGGGAAAACCAGCUUGAAGGAAGCAUUCCUUCUAGUUUGGCUGAAUGCAGUAACCUUCAAGCACUAGACUUGUCUCACAAUUCACUCACUGGAAGCAUCCCUCCAGGCUUAUUUCAGCUUCAAAACCUCACAAAACUUCUCUUAAUAUCCAAUGACAUUUCUGGCUCUAUACCCCGAGAGAUUGGUAAUUGUAGCUCUCUUGUGCGACUAAGACUUGGUAACAACAGGAUUUCUGGAGGCAUUCCUAAAGAAAUUGGGGGUCUUAAGAGCUUGAACUUUCUUGAUCUGUCUAGCAAUCGCCUUUCUGGGUCAGUCCCUGAUGAAAUAGGAAGCUGCACAGAAUUGCAAAUGAUAGACCUUAGCAACAACAUUGCCCAGGGUCCCCUGCCAAACUCAUUAUCAUCUCUAAGUGGGCUUCAGGUCCUAGAUGUCUCAGUUAAUCAAUUUGAGGGUCAAAUACCAGCAAGCUUGGGUCGUCUUGUCUCACUUAACAAGCUAAUUCUAAGCAGGAAUUCAUUAUCUGGAUCAAUUCCUUCAUCACUUGGCCUCUGUUCAGGCCUUGAAUUGCUUGACCUCGGCAGCAAUGAGCUUACUGGCAGCAUACCCAAGGAACUUGGUCAAAUAGAGUCCCUAGAAAUUGCCCUCAAUCUUAGUUAUAAUGGACUUACAGGGCCAAUUCCAUCUCAGAUUUCUGCACUCACCAAGCUUUCUAUAUUAGACCUUUCACAUAACAAGCUUGAGGGAAAUUUAAGUCCACUUGCAGGCCUUGACAACCUUGUUUCUCUCAACUUAUCUUACAAUAACUUCACAGGCUAUCUUCCUGAUAGCAAACUCUUCCGACAGCUAUCCCCAUCUGACUUGGCUGGUAACCAGGGCUUAUGUUCUGCAAUCAAGGACUCCUGUUUUUUGAGCGAUGUAGGCAGGACAGGACUUUCAAGGAACGGAAAUGACAUAAGGCGGUCAGCAAAGCUUAAGCUAGCAAUUGCUUUGCUGAUCACAUUGACACUGGUGAUGGUGAUUAUGGGGACAAUUGCAAUUAUUCGUGCACGAAGAACCAUUAGAGAUGAUGAUGAGUCUGAGUUGGGAGAUUCAUGGUCCUGGCAAUUCACUCCAUUCCAGAAGUUGAACUUCUCUGUGGAUCAAGUACUAAGAUGCCUGGUGGAUGCCAAUGUCAUCGGAAAAGGUUGUUCUGGCAUUGUUUAUCGUGCUGAUAUGGACAAUGGGGAAGUCAUUGCUGUGAAGAAGCUCUGGCCAAAUACAAUAUCCGCUGCGGCAGCCAGCGGAUGCACUGAUGAAAAAGGUGGCGUUCGUGAUUCCUUCUCAACAGAAGUAAAGACACUUGGAUCCAUCCGGCACAAGAACAUAGUUAGGUUCUUGGGAUGUUGUCGGAAUCGAAACACAAGAUUGCUGAUGUAUGAUUAUAUGCCUAACGGAAGUUUGGGCAGUCUCCUCCAUGAAAGAACAGGAAAUGCAUUGGAAUGGGAUCUUAGGUACCAAAUUCUGUUGGGAGCAGCACAAGGCCUAGCUUAUUUGCACCAUGAUUGUGUUCCUCCAAUCGUUCACAGAGAUAUCAAAGCCAAUAACAUCCUCAUUGGCCUUGAAUUUGAGCCUUAUAUCGCAGAUUUUGGCCUUGCCAAGCUUGUUGAUGAUGGUGAUUUUGCUCGGUCCUCCAGUACAGUUGCAGGCUCUUAUGGAUACAUUGCGCCAGAAUAUGGCUACAUGAUGAAGAUCACAGAGAAGAGCGAUGUCUAUAGCUAUGGUGUGGUGAUAUUGGAAGUCCUGACAGGCAAACAACCAAUUGAUCCGACCAUACCAGAAGGACAACAUGUCGUCGAUUGGGUUAGACAGAAGAGGGGAGGAAUUGAAUUAUUAGAUCCUUGCUUACUCUCUCGACCUGAACCGGAAAUCGAUGAGAUGAUGCAAGCAUUAGGCAUUGCCUUAUUGUGUGUAAAUUCCUCCCCUGAUGAAAGACCCACCAUGAAAGAUGUGGCUGCAAUGCUUAAGGAGAUCAAACAUGAAACUGAAGAGUAUGCAAAAGUUGAUAUACUCCUUAAAGGAUCACCAACCAAUGAUGCACAACCCAAGAACUCAAACAGUGCAGUUCCAGCAACUUCAUCAUCUAAAUCACUAGUGCAAACUUUAUAUCCCAAAAGCAAUAACUCAAGCUUCUCUGCUUCCUCAUUACUUUACUCAUCUUCCUCUAAAGCCAAAACCGAUUUCAAGUGAUAAAUGUGUUGCAGGGUCAUGCAGAGGGGAAGCUUGUGUUCUUAUAUGUUUGGUAACUUUUUGUUCUUUUUUAAUGUAAAGAAAAGGUUGAUAAAAACAAACGAAUAGAGCCAAUUUCAGUUCCUCCCAAUACUAAUCUCUGUGCAGGCUUAUCAUCUACUCCAAUAAAUUCCAGUUAAGCA